CACAUUGCUUUGAAUUUUUGAAUGUGUUCGUUUUGCUUAUUGUUUUUCAAGUGUUAUUAAAGUGUGUUUAUUAAAGUUAGCUGCUAAGUUUAUCUGUUUACAUAAGUAACCCUGCAGUUUUCAGCCGCAUCGUUACAGUUUACUGGCGAGUUAGUUCAGUUGAAUAUUUCUGCGAUCCGGACGUACAGGUGCAUUAUUGUCGUGCACAGAGCCCCAAAAUAAAAUGGAGCAGUGGAACAAUGUGGAGCUGACGAACAUGUCCAAAAAGUCGUAUACCCUGAAUCAUGCGUUCGAUGCAGCCGAGAAGUUGAACAAGGAGAACAAUGCAACAUCCUCGAAUGGAAACGGAAGCAGUGCAGAGGAGCAGGCUGUGGACAGCGAUCUUCUCAAGCCCGGAUCGGAUGUGCGUCCAAAAGUGGAGGCCGAUGAUGUGGAGAGCCUGCUGCGACGUCUUUACGGGAUCACGAUAAGCGAGGUCAAGGAAAUUAUAGCCUACGACGACCGCAACUUCUUCGUAAAGGAGGAUAGCAAUGUUAAGAACCCCCUAAUUGUGACCCACUGUCCACACGGCUAUGUCCUUAAGAUCCUGAACUCCCUGGACUCCAAGAAGGUGGACUUUGUGGACGGCCAGAAUCAACUUCUUCUUUAUUUGGGAAAACACAGUGUAAAGUGCCCCAGGCCGAUAGCCAAUGCCACUGGAAAAUAUUACUCGGUGGAGCGGCUAAACGGAAAUUCGAAUGUGGUGCGGCUUCUGGAAUAUAUACCGGGUGAAAUCUUCCACCAAGUGCCCGUGACGAAGCAUCUGCUCUACCGCAGCGGAGAAUACUUGGCCAGGUUGGAUCGAGCCCUGAAGAAUUUCACCCACGAGGCCUAUGAAACCCACAAAACCUUGUGGAUGCUGCAGAGUGUUCCGGAACUGAGGCAAUUUCUGUAUGUGGUCAAGGACCAGGAGCGCCGCCUCAUCUGCGAGGAGGUGAUCGAUGCAUUCGAGGCGAAGGUUCUGAGUAUUUUGCCCACCUUGGAGCACCAGAUCAUCCACGGUGAUUUCAACGAGCAAAAUAUUGUGGUGGAGCAGGCCCCCAACCAGACCGAAUACACCAUCAAGGGAGUGAUUGAUUUCGGGGAUACGAGCAAAUCGCCACUAAUCUUCGAAGUUGGAGUCGCCCUCACCUAUAUGAUUCUGCAGGCCAACGAUCUGGCCAAUGGAGGCAUCUUUUUGGCCGGUUACACCAGUGGCAUUCCUAUUGAGAACUCCGAACUGGCGCAUCUCAAAUAUUGUGUGGCUGCCCGCUUGGUUCAGAGCCUGGUGAUGGGUCUCUACACCCACACAUUGCAUCCCACGAAUGAUUAUCUACUGGUGACCCAAGAACAGGGGUGGAAACUCCUCCAGAAGCUUUGGCGCGAAAGCCUGGAGGAUGUGGAUGAGCUGUGGGCGACCACCGGACAUCAGUACUUGACGCAGAGCAACAAAUAAUAUAGAAUCCAGCUGGCCUUUUCCGGGUUUUAUAAAUAUUUUACCUGUUUUUAUAUACACUUUUCUGGUUUUCAAAAAAAAAAACCUCAAGUAUUAUUGAAUGUCGAAAGCAAUUAUACAAUUCUAUAAACUAAUGUUAAGCUCUGAUAAAUUACGUUUACGUAAAAUGUCCGUACAAAAAAGGCAACUAUGAAAACCAGUACCAUAUAUGUAUGUGAACCAAGUCCUUCAGAGAACCGAAUAAGGCCUGCUAAAUAGCGAUUCUAAUACCAACUGUCAAUUAUUAGAAUUUCAUUAACAUAUCACCUGUGCAAAAUAAGUUGCGAGUCCAAGUAUUGAUUGCAUUUUGCUGCUUUACAAUUUACUUUAUCCGGUAUAUUUUUAUCAUUAUCUUUACAAUAAAACUUGUUAAACAAAUACAAA